AUGGAAGCCAGUUGCCAAUGUGGAGCUGUUAGCUUCAAGACACCGACCGAGAAGCCCCUGGCAUUGUACAUCUGCCACUGCCACGACUGCCAGCGGCAGGCGAGCUCGGCGUUUGGCGCGUCGGCCAUCUUCCCCAGGUUCGAGUUGCCGGACGCCGAGUUGCUGAGCUGCUACAAGCGAGCCACUUCCAUGGGACAGACAAUGUUCUGUUACUUUUGCAAGCAAUGCGGGACUCGACUGCUUCACACAACGCCUGGCAAGAACGUCGUCGCCGUCAAGGGAGGCUGCAUUGAAGGCUUGGACUGGAAAACGGCCAUCCAUAUCUGGACCAAGUCGGCCAUGGUCCCCAUUCCAGAGGGGUCCGAGACGUACUCGGAGGAGUCGGAGCUCACCGAGUACAGCGAUGGGAGCUCGGGGUCGCUUGACAAGCCGACUGGGCUGAUUCGAGCAUUUUCGAGGCCAGUGGGCCGACAAACUAGGCGGUGA